AAGUAAUCGUAUUUCCUUUUUCCAAGCACGCUAUAUCAGGCUGGGCCCUACCAUAUAAAUGUGAAUUAUCAGUGCAGUAUAUACAGUUUGGCACUGAACAGAAAUUGUAAAGCAAAGCUUCUGCUGCAUGAAAGAGUUGUCAAAUUCAAGUCUUAAAAAAUCAAGAUGAGUUUUACAGUAACUGGAAUUCAAAAGAAAAGGUAUUGUCUAACAGAUUUUCUUUGUCAAGGGGAGAGCGUUGGCGCUGAAUAGGUUAACUAUUUAUAACCUAUAUAUACAUGAACUUACGGUUACAGCUCAACAGCUGGCCUCUGUAGCUCAGUUGGUUAGAGCGCUGCACCGGAAUUGCAGGGCCGUAGGUUCAAUUCCUACCAGAGGACCUUGUGCUGCAUUUUUCGCAGUCGUUCCUGGUCAGGUCUUAAAAUGUAUAUAUACUCACUUGGAUUACAAACCCUAACAUUCUAAUAUUAAUUCCACCAAGUGAAGUGCAAGAAUACAAAUCAUUGAAGACUAAUUAACUAUUUAUAAUCUUAAAAGUUAUAAAAUAAUCGUUUCGUUGUAUAUUGUACGUGUUUUAGAGUAAGAACUGGGAAUUUCGCUGAAUCGUAGAAGUGCUAGUAAUUACACGAGCCUCUAACCCAAGUAUUUUUAAAAUUACGCAAACUCAAAAUUUGAUUGGGGGAGAAAAAGAUCUCAGCAGGUCGAAAAUACCCGUAUAACAAUUUCAAGCAUCUUCAAUUUUAUCCAAUUUAGCCACCACCACACCAAAUCUGAUUAUGAACAAGACAGCUACGGUCGAGAUUUGGAAAAAGCUGCCGAUGAUUUUGAUGACUCCUUUGAGCCAUCAUCUCGCACCGUAGCCAGACAACGCUGGGACACUGCUGUGAGCUCAACACGCAACAUGGUUAUAGCUCAAAUCGACUUGUACCAAUAUAAACAGGAAGAAAUUGACGUCGAAGUCCGAGAUAUGAAGAUUUAUGUGAAAGGCAGACAUGUCACUGAGCGAGAGAAUGGCUAUGAUGCUAGCGAAUUCGAGCGAUUCUACGCCGUCCCGGAAGGGGUGGACCCCAAGAGAGUUAGCACCCGAUACUCCGAUGGUAUGCUCAAAAUCGAAGCGCCACGCCCCAAGCGUGAGAGCCAACCUCGUAAAAUCGCGGGGGGAGAAAUAGUUAGCGAUGAAGAAAAAUUCGAAAUUGUCUUGGAUGUACGAAAUUAUAAACCUGACGAAAUUGAAGUGAAAGUCAACGGAGAUGAUUUGAUUGUCACAGGCAAACAGGAGACAGAGGAACAAGGACGAAGGGUCACACGGCAGUUUACACGAAACUUCAAGUUGCCUCGCGAUGUCAAUGUGAGAACAGUGAAAUCGCGCGUCAGUGUUGAUGGAUACCUCUACGUCUACGCCAAGAAAGAGAUUACUUGGGAUGAGGAGAGAGUCAUAAAUAUCUUGGUGAACGGAAGGCGAUCUCCCAUUAGGAAAUCCGAGGCUCACUUCACAGGCGAGGAAGAAGAGUAGACAUUUUGUUCUUCAGAAACUUUUCAAAAGAAAACCUUUAACUGUUUAGUGCUACUGAGACUAAGAGACACCUUGAAAGUGUUCAAAACAAUUUUUCAAAUAGUUUCGUAGAUUUUUGGCUGUUAAUAAUAAAUUCUACCUCCAGAACUUAGUCUAUUAAUUUUUUAUAGGUUACACAUUAUG